UGCAUUGGCGCCGAAUCCAUCUGUGCAGGCUGAUUCGACGAGACGACUUCCUUGUCGGGUACUAGUUUCCUAACACGAAAUUCCGAACUUAGCGACAUGUCUCCGUCAAUGCAUAUUAUGAUGUCUAAGCUCUGUCGAACAAGGAAUAGGCAGAUCGUGUCUGUACUUUGCUCACACAAGGGUCCCCAACUGUCUCGUUCAUGAAACUACUCGUAUCCAGAGCCCUUGACAAUGACCCAAUAUGAUCGCUUGGUACGAAGUUUCAGAGCUUUAAGAAGGAUAGCAAAGCAUGCUUCCAGCCCGAUUGGUAUUUGGGGGAACAAGACCUCAACAAGACCUCAAUCAUCAUAUUCAAUUCCACAUCUUCGAGUGGAUCCUAAUGUUAAGCCAAUCGCACCCAAGCAUGUCGCUGAGAUCCACCAAAUUCUGGAGUCGUGCGGUAUCUCGAAGGUCACGCUCGCGUACGCGGAUCCAGAGAGCGACUUUCUCAAGCACCUCAUUCUGAACCUCAACAAACAUUUUCAACAUGGCCCACCCAUCACACACAGCUCAUCACGGGGCUGGUUCUGGGAUGUGCGACCGACCUCUGCUUCCCUGGAAGCUGACAGUCAGAAAGCCCGCUCCGAGACCAUGGAGAGCUUUCCCUGGCACACAGAUUGCAGCUACGAGGCUUGUCCACCACGCUUCUUUGCUCUGCACGUACUACAGCCCGACAGAUGUGGAGGUGGGAAUCUUUCUGUGCUUGACGUAGACCAAGCCGUACGGCUGCUUCCAAAGCAAACGCAGGAUCAACUCCUGCGCCCUGAAUUCGAGAUAGCGGUCCCAGAAGAAUUUUGCAAAGGAGGCGAAUCGAGGGUUACCGGAAGUCUUUUAGGGAAUGGGUCCGGAGAGGCGGCGUUUCAGCUCCGGUACCGAGAUGAUAUCGUUCGACCUUUGACAAAAGGCGCUGCUCUAGCACUUGAAGAGCUGCGUCAGCUUCUCCAGAGCGCGGCGGUCAAGCCGCUCGUCUUGCAACUCACACCAGUUCUCCUUCCUGCUGGAUCUGUCAUACUUAUUGACAACAGGCGUUGGUUACACGCUCGAGAUCAAGUGAAGGACCCAGACCGCCACCUCAGAAGAGUACGCUGGGAUGCACGGCCAUUUUAAGAAGUUGAUGCGCAACCAAUGUCGAUUUAGGUCUU